AUGAAAACAAGACACUUGAAACUUUUCAACUCUUACGUGCCAUAUCAAUCAGAAAAUCCUCGAAAUCUAGUAACAAACAAAGUUAUAUCAAUAAUGGCAUCGGCGGUAUAUUUCUGUGAUAGCAAGGGGUAUCCAUUAUUAGCAAGAAGGUACAGAGAUGAUAUUCCAAUCUCUGCUAUUGAAAAAUUUCCCACCCUAUUAUCUGAUUUAGAGGAAGAAACAAAUUUGGUUCCACCAUGUUUAAGUUACAACGGCAUGCAAUACUUGUUUAUUCAGCAUAAUGAUGUUUACCUCGUUGCAAUUGCCAAUUCAAUGUCAGCAAAUGCAGCCCAAAUCUUUGCAUUCCUUUAUAAGUUGGUUGAUGUCCUUGGUAAUUAUCUGAAGACUGUGGAAGAGGAGUCUAUCAGGGACAAUUUCGUUAUCAUAUAUGAAUUAUUAGAUGAGACGAUGGACUAUGGUAUUCCACAAAUUACAGAAACAAAGAUGUUGAAACAGUAUAUUACUCAAAAAUCAUUUAAAUUGGUAAAGGCAGCAAAGAAGAAGAGAAAUGCCGCGAGACCUCCUGAAGCAUUGACGAAUUCAGUGAGUUGGAGAUCCGCUGAUAUUAAAUACAAAAAAAAUGAGGCGUUUUUGGAUAUUAUAGAGUCCAUAAAUAUGUUGAUGACUCAAAAGGGACAGAUCUUAAGAUCAGAAAUUAUCGGUGAAGUGAAGGUUAAAUCACGCCUUUCAGGUAUGCCUGAUUUAAAACUGGGAAUAAAUGAUAAAGGAAUAUUUUCGAAACAUAUGGAUGAUGAUUCGUUAAACAAUGAAGGUGCUAGCGUAGCAAGUUCGACAACCGAUAAGAAAAAGAAUAAUAUAGAAUUAGAAGAUUUGAAAUUCCAUCAAUGUGUUAGACUAAGUAAGUUUGAAACGGAGAAGAUAAUAACUUUUAUUCCACCCGAUGGAGAUUUUGAAUUAAUGAAUUAUAGAUUAUCAACAUCUAUAAAACCGUUGAUAUGGUGUGAUAUGAACAUCCAAGUACAUUCCCAAUCAAGAAUUGAAAUUCACUGUAGGGCUAAGGCACAAAUUAAAAAGAAGUCCACAGCUACAAACGUACAGAUCAUAAUUCCUGUACCCGAAGAUGCAGAUACUCCUGAAUUCAAAUAUUCACAUGGAUCUAUAAAAUAUGUUCCUGAGAAGAACGUUAUAAUUUGGAAGAUAAGGUCAUUUCCAGGCGGCAAAGAAUACUCCAUGUCGGCCCAAAUGCAGUUACCUUCGAUUGGUAAUAUUGAGGAACAUAAGGCAAAGAGACCUGUACAAAUAAAGUUUCAAAUUCCGUACUUUACGACAUCUGGUAUUCAAGUCAAAUAUUUGAAGAUUAAUGAACCUAAGUUGCAAUAUAAAAGUUAUCCUUGGGUUAGGUACAUUACUCAAAGUGGUGAUGAUUAUACCAUUCGUUUGACCUAA